GAUUUUGCGAUUCGGUAUUGAGUUUCCCAUAGGGGGUAUUUUAGUCAUUUCAGCAACACACUUAACGCUGUUUAUCCGACAACUCCGAAAGGGGUAAGAAGUGUAAAUUAAGAAACUUUAUGCGAGGUUCCCGUAUUUUUAGAAAUCUCAAGGUAAAUCAGGUAAUUUAUUACCCUUCUUCUCCAUACAUUUUAACCUAACCCGUACAGCCACUGAAGGCCAAAUUUCUCUCUCUCUCUCUCUCUCUCUCUCUCUCUCUCUCCCCUCCGAAUAAGGGUCAAGGAUUCUGAUAUAUUGGUACUCUGUUUGCAAAACGCUGCCGUGGUGUACUGGUGUUCGUUCAAUCACAGGCAAAGAGAGAUGGGAAAAGCAAAGAAAGCACCCAAAUUCGCGGUUAUGAAGAAGCUCGUCACCUCUAAAGCUAUUAAACAGCACAAAGAAGUGAUUUUGAACCCUAAAAAGAAGGAUUUGCACAAGGAAAAUCUUCCCAGAAACGUGCCAUAUGUUUCAUCUGCUCUCUUUUUCAAGCAUAACACUGCACUGGGACCGCCCUAUCGGGUUUUGGUUGACACCAACUUCAUCAAUUUUUCUAUUCAGAAUAAAUUGGAUUUGGAGAAAGGAAUGAUGGACUGCUUAUAUGCGAAAUGUACUCCUUGUAUUACGGAUUGUGUGAUGGCAGAACUUGAGAAACUAGGUCAGAAGUAUCGCGUUGCACUGAGGAUUGCAAAAGAUCCUCGGUUUGACAGACUUCCCUGUACUCAUAAAGGAACCUAUGCUGAUGACUGUAUCGUUGAUAGAGUUACCCAGCAUAAAUGCUACAUUGUUGCUACAUGUGAUCGAGAUCUGAAGAGAAGGAUCCGCAAGGUCCCUGGUGUUCCGAUUAUGUACAUCACUCAGCACAAGUAUUCAAUUGAGCGGCUGCCUGAAGCUACAAUUGGCGGAGCUCCGAGAAUCUGAUAUACCUUCGGCGGUGGCUUUGCCCAUAGUUUUGGGGGGAUGAUUUAGCUUUUCAGAUCUCCAGUAGAGAGUCGAUGGGUUUUUUGUUAAACUGUUUAUACUUUUCUUGUUUCCAAACUCCAGUCAUUUGUUGUAGACUUAGUGAUAGUACUAUGCUCUUUUUCGGAUUCUAAUUUAUAGAAACUGAAAUUUUAUCUUUUUCAAAAAGUAUGUCUUUCUGUAAAUUGUUUGAGACUCUUGAUUAAAAUUGGAGUAGAAAAAAAUCACAAUUUUCAUUA